UUCAAGUGUAUGUCACAGGAACAGCUUCUGUGCUUUCGUCUGUAGCACUUUGUACUUUGAGGCAUGGAGAGCGUGGUGGAGAUGUUACUGUGGGCCUGGAUUAUCCUGGACGUGGGGGUGUGCUCAGUCUCACUGCCAGAAAUCACUGAUGGAAAGUUCAUUGAUGAGUGUGUGAGGGAACACAACAGGGCGCGGUCGUCCGUCAGUCCCCCUGCAAGUGACAUGCUGUACAUGACAUGGGAUGAGGGCUUGGCCAUCACUGCAAGAGCAUGGGCAAGACACUGUGUGUUUGAACAUAAUGGAUACCUCAAAGAUGUCCGCCGCGUGCACCCUACUUUCUCCUCUGUAGGAGAAAACAUAUGGACUAGCAGCUCACCCCAUUUUGAUGUGUCGAGGGCCAUAAAAAGGUGGGUGGAUGAAAAACAAGACUAUGACUACAACCGCAACAUCUGCACAAAAGUCUGUGGCCACUACACACAGGUUGUGUGGGCAAGCAGCUUCAAGGUUGGUUGUGCCGUCCAACUGUGCACGAAUGGAGUCAAAUACACCAGCUUUGCUGACCAAGAGGGUAUCCUUUUCGUAUGCAACUAUGCUACAGCGGGGAAUGUGAAUGGAGGGCGACCAUAUAACUAUGAAGGGGCAGUCUGCUCUAAAUGCAAAGGCACCUGUGUUGAGAAUCUCUGCCGUAGCCAAGAACGAGAUUCACAGAAAAGUUACAACUGGACCCCAGACUGGGACCCUGCCCUGGCUACCGGUGGCUCCAACUAUGUGACUAUUUUGGUGGUCCGACCUAUUGCCCUAAUCUUCACUUUCAUCACAGCAUAUGCAAUCCGCCACUUUUAUCCUGAUGUCUUCUGCUAUGAAUAGACCACUGUGGUGACCUGACAGAUAGCCAAUGCUGAAAUGAAGAUGCGAGUUUAAUUAAACCUGUCUAUAGACAGCUUUUAUGCACCAUCAGAGCUGUAGAUAAACUGUCAAAAAGCACAUGUAUUUUACCCUCUAGCUUCUUUAUAUGUAUAUAUAUAUGUGUGUGUGUGUGUGUGUAUAUAUAUAUAUAUAUAUAUAUAUAUACAUACAUAUGUGUGUGUGUGUAUAUAAAUAUAUAUAUAUAUGUAUAUACCUAUACACACACACAGAGAUAGAUAGAUAGAUAGAUAGAUAGAUAGAUAGAUAGAUAGAUAGAUAGAUAGAUAGAUAGAUCCUCUUUUCUUUGUCAAAUGACACUUCAAGCUUCAGAUUUUCAAGGUAGAAAUGUAGGACUUUCACUCUGGAAAUAUCUCUAAAUACUUCAGUUUGUUUCUGUAUGCUGUCAGACAUGUCCACAUUAAAAAAAAUCAAAGAAUAAAAACAUUUGCCUACACUUUUAAUGUAUAAGGGACACUGGUAAUUGAUUUUACACUUCUUCUGAAUAUAAUUUAAUUAAUUGUAUUUCCAUAAUGUUGCAUGUAUUUUAUAACACCUUACUCUGAAAACAAAACAUAGCCACACAUCUUUCCACUAACUUUGCUAAGUCUAUCGCUAACUCCCCCAUCAGCUAUAUCUGGGUCAUUUGAAGGCAUUAUUCAGUGUAACACAUAUUAAUGUCAGUAUAGAUGCAAUACAGUUUUAGCAUUAGCUGAUGUGACCAUGGAGAUUAUAGUGACUGCCAGCUUGCCCGCAGUUCCUUCUGCUACAUUACUAAAUGUACUGACAAGCUAUAGCUGGGUAAUUAUCUCGCCAACAUUGCAAACAGGUAUGAUAAGCAUGAGUAACAUGACAGCUGCCAGCAGCAGAAUUGUAAGCGACUUUUAAUUAAAUUGAAAUAGU